AACGACUGAAACUCAAUCUCAUCUGCCACCUAACCCCUUAUAAAUACUCUCGUAGUUAGGCUUGUGUUCACCUCGUGACCACAUUCUAAUCUGCCUAGGGUUUUUCAUUUCUGCUUCCAUUUCCUAAACUCUCAGUUUCUCUGUUCAUCAUUUCUCAGGAUAAUCAUGGGAAAGUGUUACCCAACUGUGAGUGAGGAAUACCAGAAACAAAUCCAGCUCUGCUCCAGGAAACUUAAAGGUCUUAUCUACGAGAAGCAAUGUGCUCCAUUGAUGCUCCGAUUAGGUUGGCAUUCUGCUGGAACCUACGAUGUGAAAACUAAGACUGGAGGUCCGUUCGGAACAAUUAAACACAAGGAUGAGCUCGCUCAUGGAGCCAACAACGGUCUUGACAUUGCAGUCAGACUUUUGGAACCUAUCAAGGAGCAAUUCCCUUCAAUUAGUUAUGCUGAUUACUAUCAGCUGGCUGGUGUCAUUGCUGUUGAAGUUACUGGUGGGCCUGAUGUCCCUUUCCACCCUGGUCGGGAGGACAAAGCUCAGCCACCAGUGGAAGGUCGCUUGCCCAACGCUACUCUGGGUAAUGACCAUCUACGAACUGUUUUUGUUGAACAAAUGGGUCUUAGUGACAGGGAUAUUGUUGCUCUCUCAGGUGGCCACACCUUGGGAAGGUGCCACAAAGAACGCUCUGGAUUUGAAGGACCCUGGACAACCAACCCCCUAGUAUUCGACAAUUCUUACUUCAAGGAGCUCCUAAGUGGAGAGAAGGAAGGCUUAAUCCAACUCCCAACUGAUAAGGCACUUUUGUCUGAUCCCGUUUUCCGUCCCCUUGUUGAAAAAUAUGCAGAGGAUGAGGAAGCCUUCUUUGCCGACUACGCUGAUGCUCACAUGAAGCUAUCUGAAUUGGGGUUUGCUGAGGCUUAGAGGAAGAUGUCUGCGCGCAGUGGAGAGGAACGUGUCAUCCGAACCUGUUUUUUUCAUUGUGAUGUCGCUUUAUAAUACUGUUGAAACAAUAUAUCCUGGAAUGUUAAGGGAUUCCCUUUUGUUAUUAUCGAUUAUUGAAAACAAAAUUUCUUGGGCUUACUUGAAUCAGAAUUAA